UCAGUGUUGGAUCGUGAAACACUCUCAUUGGUGGCAGACGACCUAGUACUGAGAUCACGGUUUCUCCAUCUGUAAAGUAGACAUAUGACACUAGGAGUUUGGUGCAAAGAAAGCGAUAAUGAAUGUAAAAGUGAAUUUCAAAUUAUGUAUGUGGCACCACAGACCAGUUUUGCGUAAUAUGAAUACGCGAACUCGUAACUGCUACGAACCAGUCUGCGAGGCUCGUAGCGCCAGAGCGAGGCCCCGCCCCUGAGGCUCCGCCCACCGCGAGCGGCAGGUGGGGCCGGCAGAUCUUCCUUGCGCAUGCGGAAACUGCUGCCCGCUCCCACCUCUAACCCAGGCUGAGAGUAGCUGCUGUUUCUGAGAGGACGAUUCGUAAGGAGGCUUCUGGCGCGGUUUCCAUUUGCUUUCCCUUCUGCGGGCCCUGGCCGUACUUCAGCGGUGUGUAGACCGUGCUCCGUUCUCAUCUACCUGCCCGACUUUCUGCAGAGGUGUCUGUCAUUGGCCCAAGAGUUCGCUGUCGAAAGUGCCGGCCCCCGCGCCGGCGCCGGCUGUAGCCGGGUGGGAAGGCUCAAGAUGGCGUGCCUGUUGGAGACCCCAAUCCGCAUGAGCGUCCUCUCGGAAGUAACAGCUAGCAGUCGCCACUAUGUUGACAGGCUAUUUGACCCUGAUCCCCAGAAAGUUCUACAAGGUGUCAUAGACAUGAAAAAUGCUGUAAUUGGAAACAACAAGCAGAAAGCCAACCUCAUUGUCUUAGGAGCUGUUCCAAGAUUGUUGUACUUGCUUCAGCAAGAAACCUCAAGCACAGAGCUGAAAACUGAAUGUGCAGUGGUAUUGGGAAGUCUUGCUAUGGGUACUGAAAACAAUGUCAAGUCUCUACUAGAUUGCCAUAUUAUCCCUGCCUUACUGCAAGGACUACUGUCCCCAGACCUGAAGUUCAUUGAAGCUUGCCUGCGAUGCCUGCGCACCGUCUUCACCAGUCCCGUCACUCCAGAGGAGUUACUGUAUACAGAUGCCACGGUGAUACCGCACCUCAUGGCGCUGCUUAGCAGGUCCCGCUACACCCAGGAGUACAUCUGUCAGAUCUUCUCCCACUGCUGUAAAGGUCCAGAUCAUCAAACAAUUUUAUUUAACCAUGGUGCAGUUCAGAAUAUUGCUCACCUACUAACCUCAGUAUCUUAUAAAGUUCGAAUGCAAGCACUGAAAUGCUUCUCAGUUUUAGCCUUUGAAAACCCCCAGGUAUCGAUGACCCUGGUAAAUGUUUUGGUUGAUGGAGAAUUAUUACCACAAAUUUUUGUGAAGAUGUUACAGAGGGAUAAGCCUAUUGAGAUGCAGCUCACAUCAGCAAAAUGUUUAACUUACAUGUGUAGAGCUGGAGCAAUUCGGACAGAUGACAACUGUAUAGUGUUAAAGACAUUGCCUUGUUUGGUCCGAAUGUGCAGUAAGGAGAGAUUGCUAGAGGAGAGAGUGGAAGGAGCUGAGACACUCGCCUAUCUCAUUGAACCAGAUGUUGAGCUACAGAGAAUCGCUAGCAUUACCGACCACCUCAUUGCCAUGCUUGCUGAUUAUUUCAAGUAUCCCAGCUCAGUGAGUGCCAUCACUGACAUUAAAAGGCUUGAUCAUGACUUAAAACAUGCUCAUGAACUCCGCCAGGCUGCAUUCAAGCUCUAUGCCUCUCUUGGAGCAAAUGAUGAAGACAUCCGGAAGAAGAUCAUUGAGACUGAAAAUAUGAUGGACCGAAUUGUGACUGGCUUGUCUGAGUCUAGUGUCAAGGUGCGGUUAGCUGCUGUCAGAUGUUUGCACAGUUUAUCUAGAUCUGUGCAGCAGCUUCGAACCAGUUUCCAAGAUCAUGCCGUGUGGAAACCUUUAAUGAAGGUUUUACAAAAUGCACCAGAUGAAAUCCUAGUAGUAGCAUCUUCCAUGCUAUGUAAUCUUCUUCUUGAAUUUUCUCCAAGCAAAGAGCCGAUUUUAGAAUCAGGAGCUGUAGAGCUACUUUGUGGAUUAACCCAAAGUGAAAAUCCUGCUUUACGAGUGAAUGGAAUUUGGGCUCUAAUGAAUAUGGCAUUUCAGGCUGAACAAAAAAUAAAAGCAGAUAUUUUACGAAGCUUGAGUACUGAACAGCUAUUCCGGUUGUUAUCAGAUUCAGAUUUGAAUGUGCUGAUGAAGACAUUGGGACUUCUUAGAAAUCUCCUUUCUACUCGGCCUCAUAUAGAUAAAAUAAUGAGUACUCAUGGAAAGCAGAUUAUGCAAGCUGUCACUCUUAUUUUGGAAGGGGAGCAUAACAUUGAGGUCAAAGAACAGACACUGUGCAUCCUAGCCAACAUAGCAGAUGGGACAACGGCAAAAGAACUCAUUAUGACCAAUGAUGACAUCCUGCAGAAAAUCAAGUAUUACAUGGGUCAUUCACAUAUCAAGCUGCAGCUUGCCGCUAUGUUUUGUAUAUCAAACCUCAUAUGGAAUGAAGAGGAAGGGUCACAGGAACGCCAGGAUAAAUUACGAGAGAUGGGCAUCGUAGAUAUUCUACACAAACUGAGUCAGUCACCAGAUUCAAACCUUUGUGACAAGGCCAAGACGGCACUGCAGCAGUACCUGGCGUGACGGGAGCACCCUGGGCACCUGCGAGCAUCCCAUAUCCUUGUUAAAGGAAGUACAGGAACUAGCCUCAUUUGAUUCCUUCUAUUUGCACAAGUCACCUUGGACUGCAGGGAGCUGUUUUGCAAAAGCAAUUUGGUAGGCUUAGAUCUCAAAUUCAUCUUGAGAACAUAUUUUUGAGGUAGUAAUUUCCUCAGAGGACUAUUGUGUUUUCUUUUGUUUUUUGUUUGUUUGGUUUUUUUUUUCCUGAGCUACCUGGACUCUUUAUUAGAACAAUCAAUCAUUUUCCUUUGGACCUACAAUGUUUUGCCUAUGCUGCAGCCACUUUGUGAGUGAGAAUGAAUGUGUCUGCGCACACAGGUGUGUGUGCAUGUGUGAAAGUGUGCACGUGUGAAAGUGUGCACGUGUGAAGUCAGGAUGAAUGGAUGUGUGUGGGGGGAUACCUCAAAUUUUCUUUUCUUAUUUUGUGUGAAAAUCUCUUUUCUACAGAUUUUCCAGGGUUUAAGCAUUGCUUGCUGUAUAAAAAAAAAACUUUACUGAAUUAUAUACAGUUUGAAUGAAAUGUUAUUUUAAAAACAAAACAAUUGUUAAGUGUUCCAUAAAGGUUAUGUUGAAUUUUGGUCAGAUGAAUAUUUGUAAGUAAAAAAUAUAUGCAUUUCUGAACCUCAACUUACAUAGAUUUUCUUUAUAAAAAAAAAAAAAAAGAAAAAAGAAAAAGAAAAGGUUGGCUAUAGUUGGCCUGAAUAACAGGCACGAUAUAUGGUGCUGUGCAAAAUAGUAAGCUAGCAUCUUACUGCCGUCAAUAUCAGCCUAAUUCAAUAAGCUCUCAGGCUUCCAAGAUAGAUGGACAGGGCGGAGUAGAGUGAGGGGACAAAUUCAUCAUAGGCGUUUUUUGAGACAUCAAAGGGAAAUAUAACUACUGAUAGUGAAAGCCCAGCCAUGACUCUGGCAGGCUUCCCUUGGCAGGAACUGGGCACCAAGAGCCUCCCAACUGCCCUAAAUCCUGUCGUUGGUGUCGCAGUAUCUGGCAGGAGUUAGUACCGGUCAUGGAACCUUCUGCUCAAAUUAAAGUAGGUCAUCACUUUCUGGAAACAAAAUCCAAUCACCUUGUGCUUCUGGAAACAGCGUCUAUCACUGUGAAACUAAAGAACGUUCUACAGAUCCAUCUGUGGAAAGAGGCAAAGAACAGGAUAGUUUUAAAAGCUGUUUUUCUCUUAGCUAACUCAGCAAUUCCAUAGUAGUCACUCAGGACUGCUAGUUAGUGUCCUUUUGUAAAAUGAAAUUUUAGUAAGAGAUGCAGCUAAGAUCUUUUCCUGCGUGAAACCCAAAGCACUGAAGUUUGAGAGAAGGAAAGGGACUCUUCCCCAGGAGGACCGAAGAUGACUUCUUCUCACAGCGAGUACUGCUUAGCCCUUCGGCAGCCCUUGGCUUGGCGCCUGCUCCAACUUCUGGGUCAGCUUCAAAGUGAACUCAACAGAGGUUGCUCUUGACUGUUUGAAGGUACAACCAGCCUUCCUUUCCCUUUGUAAAAGGUCAAAGGCACUGUGGCAGGAAGCGAGGUCUGCAGCCCAGAAGCUUGCCAUGAGUUGUGCCACCGACAGGCCCAAGCACACCAGCCACCCCUGGUGAGGAGGCUCGUGCUGCAGCCGCCCCACCACCGCCCUGUACCUUCCUUGGGAGAUUCACAUAUGUUUGAUUGCAAAUGAAUGUUUUUAAAUGUAUUUAAUGCAAUUUUUCCUGUUCUCAACAUGACCACCCAAGAUUCAAACACA